CAAAAUGGACAGCACCAGGGUAUAAACAAACAGACCAGCACCUCGAAAAGGCGUUGUUUUAGUCGGAGGCAGCACGAUCCUCCUGCAAGAACUAUUGAAACUGUCGCACGAGGAGGAAUCGGGACCCUCUUUCGCAGCCCCACGACGUCAUUGCUCGCGCCGUGCCGCGGCCCCAGAAAAACCGUCAAGCACCAGCUAGCCAGCCCCAUAAAAACAAAAUGGCUCCAGAUACUAAAGAACCCACCGAAUCCGAGGUCCUUAUCCGCGAUUUCCUGGCCGCCAACCCGUCGCUGGACUCUGAGCUCGGACAGAUCGAGGCCAUGACCGACAGGUAUACGAAUGAAGAGUGGGCGAAGCAGAUUGCGGAGACGCAGAGGAAGGUGCUGAAGGAAGUGGAGGAGGGCGGGAAGGCCCGGAGGUAUGAGGUUCCACGGACGGGGAGUAGGGAAUUUGCGAAGAUGGUGGAUCAUACGGUUUUAAAGUUGGAUGCGAAGGAGGGCAUGAUUGAUGCGCUUUGCUCUGAGGCGAGGACGGAGGGGUUUAAGAGCGUAUGCGUCCGCCUCAACUGGGUCCAACGCUGCGUCUCCAACCUCAAAGGCUCCGACGUCGUCGUAGCCUGCGUCGUCGGCUUCCACGAAGGCACCCAAGACACCUACGAGAAGCUGCGCGAAGCCCGCGCCGCCGUCGCAGCCGGCGCCAGCGAACUCGACGUCGUCCUCAACCACAGCAUCCUCACGCGGGUGCAUUACCGCAACUCUUCUCCCCCUCCAACAGCAAGCUCCAGAGACUCCACCACGGACUCCGUGACCGCCGCGAACACGGCCGCGAACACGCGGCCGAGAAACGGAACUACCGCAACAGAAGGCCCGUACUCCGUCCCCGGCUCCCUGUCGACAUCUAGUUCUGCCCACGGAGGAGACGACGAAAUCCCCGACUACAGCGCCAUCUACACCGAGCUCGCCAGCAUCCGCUCCCUCUGCCCCUCGCCCACCGUUCUAAAACUCAUCCUCGAAACCAGCCAGCUGAACCCCGCGCAAAUCCUCGCGGCCUCCCACCUCGCCGCCGCCGCAAACUUCGACUUCAUCAAGACCUCCACGGGGUUCAACGGCCCCGGCGCCAAGCUGCCAGACGUGCAGCUCAUGGUCGCCGCGUGCGAGUACCUUUCCACAAAGACGCCGAGCAACGGGGGCAGUCCGGUGCGAGGCGGCGGGCGGAAGAUGCAGGUCAAGGCCAGUGGCGGGAUCAGGGAUCUGGAGAGUGCGAGAAAGAUGCUGGAGGCGGGGGCGACGCGGUUAGGGACGAGCAGUGGCGUGUGGAUUAUGCAGGAGGGGCGGAGGGUGGUGGAGAGUGAGAAGAAGGGGGUUGGGAAGGACGGGAGGCCCGAGGGAGUGACGAGAUUAUAUACGGAUGAUUCUGUGGGUGGGUAUUGAGCGGUGCUAGCGAAGAGAGAUGGGGGUUGGGGAUUGGUGCACCAGGUAUGCAUAAUCGGUUGCAUUGGGGGGGAGCUGCUGGUAAGGAGAUACCACAUGCCUUAUCGAGGCACUGUCAUGGAGGAACCGUAACGUGUGCAUGAUUUCCAAGGCAGCGAACAAUAUGAACAGAGAGACGCUAUGGUUUUUCUCUAAUACGCACUAAGCCUGGGCACCACUCAGCUGCCUCAAGCCCGCUCAUCUUAACUAGCAUCGACUGAAAACUAAAAAUCAACUGAAGUAACCUCUUUAUAGAGCUUAUCCAACCAGGACAUGGUAAUAAAAAAUG